CCAUGCUGAAGAUCACACGAUAAGAUCGAAGGUUCCAGUGCAGGUAUUAAAUGGGCUUUGUGGUCCUCGUCUGCUGUUUCCAGGGUCAAGAAUGAAGCCAAAAUGGAUGAGAAGUCCUUUAAAGCGCUCAAGAAACCAAAAAUGGAAAUGAACAUCAUUUGAUAUGCUCGCAAGCUCCAGAACAGCUGCUAAAUGGACCUUCUCAUGCAAUUGUUUUUUCAACUAAUUCUCUCAUGUUGUAGUAUCAGCAUCAUCAAGAAAAGCACCGGAGGGUAUUUUGAGAGUGAAACUGAACCAGAGGUGACUGCUGGGUGAAGGAGCUGAUCGGGGCCUGACAAGAGCUAUGACUAAAGGAACAGCAUGAUGAAGACUAAUGAUGACAAACUUGAGUGCGAGUGUGCACAGAUAAAGUGCUCAGGGAGAAGAACAGGAGCUUCAAAGAAAAGGGAACAUCUCAGUGCUAAAAUUGCAGCUGGAGCUGUUGUGUGUGUGGAGAGUGAAAUAAGAGGAGAUGUGACCAUUGGUGCUAGAACAGUUGUCCACCCUAAAGCCCGGAUCAUAGCAGAAGCAGGGCCGAUUAUCAUUGGAGAGGGGAACCUGAUAGAGGAGCAGGCACUUAUUAUUAACAGUUAUCCAGAGAAUAUCAUGCCAGACACAGAGGGAGUUGAGCCAAAAACCAUGACAAUUGGGGCCAAUAAUGUGUUCGAAGUUGGAUGUGUCUCUCAAGCUUUGAAAAUUGGAGACAACAAUGUGAUUGAGUCUAAAGCUGAUCUUGGGAGAAAUGUGAUCCUGACCGGUGGAUGCAUCAUUGGCGCGUGCUGCCAGGUCAACACGUGUGAGGUCGUGCUGGAGAACACUGUCGUGUACGGCUCAAACUGCAUCAGGCGCGUGCAGAGCGAAAAGCCCCAGCCUCAGACUCUGCAGCUCGACUUCCUCAUGAAGAUUCUGCCCAACUAUCACCACCUGAAGAAGACGGUCAAAGGAAACAGCACACCUGUGAGAAACUGAAGAUGGAGCUUGAUCCAGAAGAGGUUUUACGUCCUGCAACCCAAAGCCUCUGCACACAUGGACACCAGACACUGACGCAUUUCCCUCCACUUGCACUUGUCUUACACUUAAGUGUUGUUCCCUAAUAUCUAGUAGAAUACCUCUGACACUGUUACCAUCACACACUCUACAUUUCAUUUCUUCCUGCAUAUGAAGAAUGCCUUCAUUCUUCAACAUGAAACCAUUUAUGGUUUUGCACUUUUACUUUCAGAUCACUAUUUAUGAUAUACUUUGGAAUUUCUUGUGCCAUCUGUUUGUUAACCAGUUAUACUCCUAUAUUUAUAAUUGUUCCAAUGAAGAUAUGUAAACAUUUCAAUAAAUAGUCUCUAAUAAUUAAGCUUGU